AUGCGUUUACACCGCCAAGCUCCAAAUGAUUAUGAGCAGCGUCGAAAACUCCAGAAUCGUGCCGCUCAAAGACGGUACCGCGAUCGUAUGAGGCAAAGCAACACAAUUCGCGUCGACUACCGGGGGUUUAGAAAUGAUGGCUUCCAGCAAUAUCAGUUACAGAAUUCCCGUCAGGAUUUCUCAGGGUCGACCGCUCCAAUGGCGUCGUCUCCUGGAUUUUGUCCAAGCAACCAAGAGACGGAGUAUGAGCGUGGCAUUUCUGAUAUAGACUGGAAUCUGGGUGGAAACUCGCCGCCGACCGAUCAGCAGCUGAGACAGUACCGCGUUGUUGAUCCGGCGUACUUUUCACACUCAGCGGAUCUCGCCGACUCCCGCUCAAUUCACGACGGCUAUGGAGAACCUCAAUGGGACAACGCGGUGGUCCAUGCUCACCAAGAGCUUCCACAGAUAGACUCGCAACCAAGCCAGUUCCGCAAAUAUGCUGAACCGCCAUCUCAUUUUCUCGAAGAGCUAACAGAUGAUCCGAUAUCUAGCUCAGAAAGACCAAUUGACGUGGCGGAUCUCAAGUUUGAUGUCUCGCUGGGCAGGGAAAUGGCACAAUCACGCCAACAUGCCGAUCUCAGGUCGCUUACAGCCCUAUCUUCCAGUGAGCAGCUUAGUUCUGAGCUUCCCGAGUUGACGGCCUCUCUGGGGAUACAAAUGGGUAGAGGAGAAUGGGAACAGCAGCAUAUUUGUCAACCGCCACAAACUAUUGACGUCGCUUUCCAACAAAAAGUGGAAAAUGUCGUGCAGGAGCUUCUCCGCUUUUACUACGUCGGGCUAAACCUCAAGUUGCUGCAAGAGGACCCUGAGCUUCAUAGCAAAUUAGGUGCCCUCCAGCAACACUUUGUGGCAACCAAGGUCAGACCUCCGCUGACUAGUACUGGGACUUUAUCUUCGAAGGGUUGUGGCUUAUCACAGCAGACAAACUCCAACGCCUGGAAGGCGGCCGGUUUCCAGGGCGCGGAAGUUGACCGAGGACGCCCUGGCACCGCAGGCCCGACAAGAUGUCUUCCCUCCGAGGCGUUUAGGUGA